UUUACACUUCCGGCUUUAACUUUGACCUCCGGAGCGGAAACAAAUAACAUUUAUUCGUUUACAAGCGUCUCUAUUUUCUAUUUACAAGUUUGUGUUGUUGCUUUUUACGUAUUACUUAGAAAUAUAUCUCAAAUAUUUAAAUAAUAAUAAUUAAAUUAAAAAUGCACCGUUGUCAGUUAGUAAUGGGCUACGUCCCAAAUAACCUUCUGUACAAUAUGUAGUGCGCGUGCUAGUGGCUAGAAGAUCCUUAAGUAGUGCACACUUCUAGGGAGCAUGGAGCUAUUUGGGAGUUAAGCAAACCAGCGUGACUUUAAACCGUUUGGACGCCGAUGUGAAGACAAAACAGUAACAAGGAUGGCAGAAGGCUUCCUGAUGGAGGUAUGUGUGGAUUCGGUUGAGUCGGCGAUAAACGCAGAAAGGGGAGGUGCUGGCCGUAUUGAGCUGUGCUCCAGUCUUAUUGAAGGUGGCAUCACCCCCAGUGUCGGUCUGCUGCAGGUGGUCAAGGAGAACGUGCAGAUUCCAGUGUACGUGAUGAUCCGGCCCCGAGGAGGCGACUUUCUUUACUCUGAGCGGGAGGUGGAAGUGAUGAGGAGGGAUAUAGAGCUGCUGAAGAGACACAGGGCCGACGGAUUCGUCCUGGGGGCGCUGACUGAGGACGGCCGAAUCGAUGCCGAGCUCUGCAUGGAACUCCUUGCUACUUGUAGACCGCUGCCAGUUACAUUUCACCGAGCAUUCGAUAUGGUCCACGAUCCAGCCGUUGCCGUAGAAACCCUGGUCUCCCUCGGCUUCGAGAGGAUUCUGACGAGCGGCUGCGAUGGCUCGGCUUUGGAGGGUUUACCCGUCAUCAAACGCCUCGUGGAACAGGCAAAAGGCAGAAUAAUCAUAAUGCCAGGUGGAGGUAUCACUGAGCGUAACCUGCAGAGGAUACUCGAAGGCUCCGGCGCCCAAGAGUUCCACUGCUCGGCACGCUCCACUAAAGACUCGGCUAUGAAAUUUAGGAACUCCAGCGUGAGUAUGGGAGCCUCCCUAACAGCACCGGAGUAUUCGCUCAAGGUGGCCGACGUGGGCAAAGUACGCACUCUCAAUGCCAUCGCCAAGAACACUCUUUAGGGCAACUCUGAAGGGACUGGCCUCUAUUUAGGGAGCAGGUUCUCCUUGGUAUGGAGUCUGUUCUAUAGUAUUGUUUGGAUUUCUUAAAUAGAGCUGUUUUAUAUUUCAUUAAUUCAUCAGUGAGCCGAGUUUUACGUCUUGGUAUGAAACAGCAGGCUUGAGUACUCGCAGUGGCAUUUGUUAUUCUUGCAUCACUGAGACUCAUUGAUCAAAUUUGCUUGUUUAGUCACACUAAGCAGCAUGUGGCUGCUUGCUGCUGUUUAUUAGAAGCUGUUAUAAUCCAAAAUGAAACGAUUUUUAUAUUCAGUGUAGCCAUCUCUGUAAAUGUCAUCUCCUUUGUUGACUUCUCGCUUUAUUUCAUCUCACCGGUUCCUUUCCCAGAUUAAAGAACUCAAUUAGUGGGACAAUUAAGCAAUACGUUUUGUGCUUGAGAAGAAUUAACUACCGAUUUCUCACACAGAGAAGAUACCAGAACUUAAUUUGGUGAAUAAAUAAUUGUUUUCUACAGCCAA